AUACUGCCCCACAGCUAAUUUUUACCACACCAUUACCAUAAACACCAAGCUACCAUGUCGACUGUCAUUAUUGUAGUUGCAGAUGCAGCCUUGGAGAAUCAACCAAUCCCGCGUGCUUCUUCCCAUCCCACUCGCACCCAGUGACUAUCGGCUGACGAUCCACGCUUCUGAUUCGAGCGUGAGGAACGAUUGCAAGCAUGUAACGGCUCGAAGCCACUCGAGCAGCAGCAGAUAUAAGAGGCUCGUAGGCGAUCUUAGGGUGUAGAGGCGUGGACCAAGGCUCCAAAGAAGCAGGAGGAAACUGAGCUGCAGGUAAUGUGCCCAUUCGGUGAUUUCCAUUGCAUCGGGCCUGCUGUGGCACCUCCAUUCACCUACCUAGACCCUCCGAUUAAUUUAGCUUUGUGUCGCGUUCAGCUUACUAUAUAUAUCAAUAGAUCCCAUUCCUCGCCUACCCACUCUUUGCUUCUCAUCUUCGGUUCCGUCAACAACAACGCAACUCAACGAUGGAGAAGGAUUCAUAUGCUGUCAACGAGUCGAACCAUACUCAAUAUGUUGACCCCGUCACUGGACAUGAAUCCAAAAGUGGACGUAUAGCUGAAGCUGCCGACUUGUAUGGAAACAUACAAGAGGCUGAGGAAUAUGGAUACGUCUCUCGAGGGUAUGUAUUGAAUAUAACCAGCAGAAAAGCAAGCCCCAAGAGCUGACGCUGUUGUUGCUAGCCUCAAAUCGAGACACAUUCAAUUUAUCGCGCUCGGAGGUACUAUCGGUACUGGUCUGUUCUUGGGUAUUGGAAGUGCUUUCACAACUUCGGGCCCCCUUUCUGUUCUCCUCGGUUAUACUUUUACUGGUGUCGCCGUUUUCGCCAUGAUGCAAUGUCUCGGUGAGAUGGCUACUUGGCUUCCUCUGCCUGGAUCGAUCCCUCAGUUCUGUGCCCGUUAUGUUGAUGAUGCUAUGGGAUUUGCAGUUGGUUGGAACGUAAGUGAAAGCUGGUUGAGUCGCGGGGUUUCCCGAGACAUCGCUUAUUCUUGAAUCAGACAAAACAGCUGCUAACAAGUCCAUUUUAACAGACCUGGUAUCAAGCUGCCAUAACUCUCUGUGUCGAAAUUUCUGCCGCUUCGAUUGUCAUUAAUUAUUGGGAAGGUGCUCGGCACAUCAGCGUCGCCGUAUGGAUUACCAUCAUAAUCAUCGUCGUGUUGGGUCUCAAUAUCUUUGCCGUAGCCAUAUAUGGUGAAGCGGAGUUCGUUUUCGCCAGCAUCAAAAUCAUCACGAUUGUCGGUCUCCUUUUGAUGGCUUUCAUUGUUGACCUUGGCGGUGGACCGAAAAAGGAUCGUUUGGGAUUCCGAUUUUGGAAGAAGCCAGGCGCCAUGAAAGAGUACGACUCCACAGGAGAUACCGGGCGAUUCUUGGGUCUUUUCAACGUGCUCGUCAAUGCUGCUUUCUCGUAUGGUGGUGUUGAGAUGGUUGCUGUCGCUGCUGGUGAAGCCGAAAACCCUCGCAAGAACAUCCCCAAGGCUGUUCGCAGAGUCUUUUGGCGUAUCCUGUUCUUCUACGUACUCGGCUCCCUUGCUAUCGGAGUACUCGUUGCCUCUGACGAUCCUAAUCUUUUGCAAGCGCAAGGAGAAGACGCUCCAGGUGCGGCUGCAUCUCCUUGGGUUAUUGGCAUUCAAAAUGCUGGUAUCCCCGUGCUCCCGCACAUCAUCAACGCCGUCAUUUUAACAUCUGCCUCCUCAUCCGCCAACGCCUUCUUGUACACAGGAGCUCGAUAUCUUUUCGCUCUCGCUCAGAAUAAGCAAGCACCACGCUUCUUACUGCACUGCAGCAAAACCGGUGUUCCAUACUAUUGUGUUCUGAUCACUGCGGUCAUUUCUCUCCUCACCUACCUCUCCGUUGGAAAGGGUGGUGCCGAGAAAGCAUUCGUUUGGUUUCAAAACUUGACAACAAUUGCUACCUUGUUUACUUGGUGCUCGAUUUGUAUUUCUUAUAUCCAGUUCCACAAGGCCCUCAAACAUCAAGGAAUUGAUCGUAACACGCUUGUAUUCAAGAGUGUAUUCCAACCAUACACCGCUUGGUUUGCUCUCAUAUAUUUUGCCAUUAUCAUCAUAUUUUCCGGUUUCGAUGUGUUUGUUGGAGAGAAUCACUCGCAUUGGACCACUGAUCGUAAGAUAUUUCAGCUCCCGCGUCUUCAAACUUGCAUGCUAAUCAAGAGCAGAAUUCCUUGCAUCGUAUAUUGGUAUUCCAAUAUUUUUUGCGCUGUACCUCUUCUGGAAAGUGUUCAAGCGAACAAAAUUUGUCAAUCCCGCUUAUGCAGAUAUACAAACUGGCAAAGCAGCACUGGAUGCUGAGGAUGCACAGUGGCCAGAGCAAAUUCCACGAAAUAUUUUUGAGAGAUUUUGGUUUUGGCUUGCAUAGGUGUUGUGAGGAGGGUAAUAGUCGCCAUGUAAUUUGACACCGGCUG